GAAGAAGAAGAAGAAAGGCAAAUAUGAGUAGCAUAGGAACCGGAUAUGAUCUAUCGGUGACGACAUUCUCGCCGGACGGCAGAGUAUUUCAGAUCGAAUACGCCGGAAAAGCAGUCGAUAACAGUGGUACUGUUGUUGGAAUCAAAUGCAAGGAUGGAAUCGUCUUGGGAGUGGAGAAGCUAAUAGCCUCCAAAAUGAUGUUACCAGGAUCAAAUCGUCGAAUUCAUUCUGUUCAUCGCCAUUCCGGCAUGGCUGUUGCAGGUUUGGCUGCAGAUGGGAGGCAGAUUGUUGCCCGAGCCAAGUCUGAAGCAACCAGCUUUGAAAGUGUAUAUGGUGAGCCAAUUCCAGUGAAAGAACUUGCAGAGCGUGUUGCUAGUUAUGUGCAUUUAUGCACACUGUAUUGGUGGCUCAGGCCUUUUGGAUGUGGGGUGAUUCUUGGAGGGUAUGAUAGAGAUGGACCUCAACUAUACCUGGUUGAGCCUUCUGGUGUCUCCUAUAGGUACUUCGGUGCUGCUAUUGGAAAGGGAAGGCAAGCUGCUAAAACAGAAAUUGAGAAGUUAAAGUUAUCUGAAAUGACCUGUCGACAAGGGAUUAUUGAGGUAGCUAAAAUAAUUUAUGGAGUACAUGAUGAGGCAAAGGACAAGGCAUUUGAACUUGAAAUGAGCUGGGUAUGUGAUGAGUCUAACCGCCAACAUCAGAAGGUUCCUGAUAAUCUUUUAGAGGAAGCAAAGGCUGCAGCUAAAGCUGCACUUGAGGAGAUGGAUGCCGAUUAAGGGUUCAGAUAAGAUUGGUUGUUAACGGGAUUUGCCACCACUAUGAUGAUCAAUGUUGAUGAUGAAAGCGAUUUAUAGUAUCUUGUAAUUCUGAACUGUAAGCUUUACAACUCCCAAGUUUGAAAAUCCAGAGUAUUAGUUUGCAUUUUAAAACGAUGAAUCUGAUUUUUGUUGUUAAUUUUCUUGUAGUAAUCUUUGGUCUAUAAAGAAUGUUAAACGGU